AUGCCUCGACAACCCAGGCAGUCCCGGUCGUCCAGAACGACAUCGUCUUAUUUUCAGCGCCCUUCCCGUGCUCUUAACACGUCCUCGUCCACCUCCAGCCGGCGGCCUCCUCGUGACAUUUCUGAGGGCGGCAGCUCAAUGACUGCAACCCCGUCUAUAGCCGGCAUAGUGUCAAGCACAGCCAAGUCCAAUAUCACGGCCGGUAGAUCGCGUCCAUCGACCAGUGUCUCGGGGCGCAAGUCGCGAACUGGUACUCUGUCUACAAUGUUGGGAGCAAGUGACCAACAAACCAUCAUUUGCGCUGUUGCCGAGUCUCGUGGCAUUUCACCUUCUAUUGGGCUUGCGCUUGUGAAUAUUACGCUCGGUGAGGCUGUGUUGAGCCAGAUAUGCGACAAUCAAUCAUACGUCAAAACGAUCCACAAGCUCCAGAUAGCAGGCCCAUCUAGAAUUGUCUUGAUGUCUACGGCUUGCCCGCCAAACAAAGACAGUGUUCUCUAUACCUUGAUUGAUGAGCUCAUACCAGAUGCAGACAUCGAAGUGUUGGACAGAUCCGCCUGGUCGGAAGUGGACGGCCUCGAAUACAUAGACAACCUGGCAUUCAAGAGCGAUAUCGACCCCAUGAAGGUAGCAGUGCAGGGCAAAUAUUACUGCAUCAGCUCGCUUGCGGCACACACAUUCACGAUCAGUUUCGCUCCUAAUUCAUUGCGUAUCAAAUAUCGACCGUCGGAAGAUACCAUGAUGGUUGAUAUCUCGGUCAUACAAUCUCUGGAGAUCAUACAGAACCUUGACAAACCCAAGUCCAAGGACAGUCUCUUUGGGCUUUUGAAUCAAACCAAGACGCCAAUGGGGUCACGCAUGCUUCGCAACAAUAUUCUUCAGCCCCCAACAAAGUACGAUACUUUUAUAAGACCCCGGUACGAAGCCUUAGAGGAGCUUACGAGUGAGGAAGAAAUGUUUCAUGCGGUUCGAAAGGCGCUUGAAAACUUCAAAGACAUCGAAAGAAUGAUCACGAUAUCCACCAAGUCGAGUAUCACCCACGCCGAAGAGCAAAUUAAUCACGUCAUUCUUAUAAAAACGUUUCUUGAGUCAGUGCCGGAGCUCUAUCAAGCGCUGGCUGAAUGCAAUAGCGCGCUUCUUCUCAAGAUUCGAGACAUUUGCCACCCUAACACGACAGACCCUAUCUUAUCCAGGAUUCAUCAGGUCGUAGAGGCUGAUGUUACGUAUAUGACUUCGCCCCUCGACAUGCGCAAUCAGAGGACGUUCGCCGUCAAGGCUGGUAUCAAUGACAUGCUAGAUGUUGCACGACAAGCGUACAAAGAACUAACGAAUGAUAUCCAUCUCCAUGUCAACGACAUCCAAGCCCAGCAUGGUAUUCAGCUGACUGUCAAAUUCGACCACGGGCGCAAGUAUUGGCUGCGCAUUAAAUCAGGGGACCUCAACAAAGACACAUUACCUCAAGUCUUCAUCAACGUCGUGAAAAAGAAGGAUCAUAUCCAGUGUCAGACUCUGUCACUAGUUAAGUUAAACUUCCGGCUAUCAGAGACUUCAAACGAAAUUAUCAUGCGUAGUGACAAAGUAAUCCAAGAACUGAUCUUGGAUCUCAGGGAAUCAUCUCCGCAGCUGUUUAGGGUCUGUGAAUCAGUUGCUUUGGUCGACAUGAUUGCCUCUUUUGCUCAUCUUGCUACCAUCAAAGACUAUGUCCGACCAGAGAUCUUAGAUACACUGGCGUUAAAAGCAGCCCGACAUCCAAUAUUGGACAAUAUCAUGUUUGAGGGCUUUGUUCCGAAUGACUACUACGCGACGCCUCAGCAUCGUUUCCAUAUUGUUACAGGAUGCAAUAUGGCAGGCAAGACUACCUACAUCAGAGCUAUUGCGCUGCUGCAGAUAAUGGCCCAAAUCGGGUGCUUUGUUCCGGCCGAAUAUGCGUCUUUCCCCGUAAUGCACAAUCUGUUUGCACGAGUGUCGUUGACCGAUAAUCUCGAAGCGAAUCUCUCCACAUAUUCUCUCGAGAUGCGGGAAAUGGCUUUCAUCCUGCGAAAUGUAAACGGCAAAAGUUUGGUGAUAAUUGAUGAACUGGGCCGCGGCACGAGCCCCAGGGAUGGCCUGGCAAUGGCAAUUGCAAUGUCAGAAGCACUUAUACAGUCGGGUGCCUUUGUGUGGUUUGCAACUCAUUUUGUUGACCUGACUCGCGUUUUAGAGGAUCGCCCAGGUGUGUUGAGUUUGCAUUUAGCCUCUGAGCGGUCGAUCUCAGAUGAAGGUGAACCACGACUGGUCAUGCUCUACAAGGCAAAAUCUGGUGUUGUCGACACAAACCAGCAUUACGGAAUCGAUUUAGCACGGGCGAUUGGGUUUCCGGAACCUUUUACUAAGCGAGCCGAAGAGGUGGCAAAAGCACUGCGGCAACAAAGAGAGGCUAGUUUGCGGGAUUCUGAGUCUCGACGGUUGGUAGCCCGUCGUAAGCUCGUGCUCAGUUUGCACGAGGCUCUGAAACAAGCCUACGAGUACGGGAGCGACGAAGCCCUACCCGGAUACUUGAAACACUUGCAGGAAGACUUUAUCAGCCGCAUGAACGAUUUGGAGAUCUCAUGA